AAAUAUUAAAAUUUUAUGUUAAACAAAUAACAAAUUUUACUGAGAAAAACAAUUAUAACAACCCUAUUUUACUAACGUUCUAUAUGUUUAGUAAAAUACUUUCAAUAACAGUUGUUUUAGUCUCACUUUUCACUUAUUGGUAUCUCUGGACCAUUUCCCUCACUAAAAUAAGUGAAAGGCACACUUGCCCCUAUUGCUAUGGAGAAAGCUACUGUUCAGAGCUCCAUAAAAAUGUAUUUUUAAUUUAUAACAGUUUAAAUGCAAUAGCUUUUAAUCUUCUUAGUGUUAAAAACGUUUAUUUUGCUAAUAAUGGAGAAUAUGAUGUGGUUAUCAAGAAACUUGGAAGUAAGAGUAAGCUUGCAGGGUUGGGUGAGCAAAUGCCUAUAAGGGAUAACACCAUAGACCUUAAAAAUGCCUUGAUGAACCCUCAUAGGGAUUUCCAGGUCUGUAAUAACCUAACAGCACUGCAUUUCUUACAAGAAUUUAAUGGAAAAAAUCGAAAAAACUUAUGGACAAUCAUAAAUAUCAAUGCAGAGCCUCUUUUACUGGAGCUGUUUAACCAUAAAUACUUUGCUGUACCAAGACUAAUAGGGUACUGUGGAAGGGCAGUUAUAGAGCAACACUCUGGAAAUCCCUUGAAUAGCAUAGAAAACUUUGACUGGUAUAAAAGAGCUAAAGUGGCAAAACAACUAUUAAAAGCAGCAGAACAGUUUACAUUUGGACAUGCCAAGUUUAGAUUGUAUUUAACUGAUAUUUCCCCAGAUAAUAUAGCCAUAAGUGAUGACCUGGUUGUGACAUUUGUAGAUUUGGGACAUGGGAUUUUGAUAGAUAAAAGUAGUGCUAUUUUAGUUAUCAGUGGGAGUCAUUAUACUGAACCAUUUAAUGAUGAUGAAUAUGGGUUUUCAAGACAGGAAGUUUGCGGAAGUGCCAUUAGUGACCAUAAUGUUUAUGCUGUCUGUAAGUUAUUAUUAUCUGUCACAGCACCAUGGCCAAUGAUGAGAAAUGGUUUACUUCAUUCGCCACCUCCUGAACUGAAUGCUAAGGAUCUUUUUGAACAUAUUGAACAAUGUGUUUAUACCACUGAAAAAGUAUCUAGAUUUAAAUUAUGUGCUAAAAUUCAACAAAUUUUAGACGAUAUUGUUGUGCAGGUAUUAUGAAACACCCUAUAUUAUUAUAUUUUGACUCAACUUCUGGUUGAGUGUAUGUCCUAGAAUCAGUUUCUUGAGUAAGCAACUAAAACACUUAAUAUAUUAUUAUUAUAUAUUUUUAUCUUAAAACCAAACAAUAUAAAUAAAACAUCUAUAAAUACAGAUAAUAAAUAAUUUCCUAUUAUUAUAUAGAUUUUAUAAAUACUUUUUUACUAUUAUGUACAUUAUUUUAUUUAGAUAUUUCACGCAAGUCGUUUAAUUGUACAGUUAGUAAUUUUAGUUAGCUACUUCUACAUAAUAUUUGGCAUAAAAACUAUUAAUUAAUUCCUA